AUGGCCUCCGCCUGCAAGCCGGUCGUUGUCCACCUGUGCGGUUCUCGCGCCAGCGAGUACUACGAGGGCGUCUCCGCCUACUACGCGAGCCAGUGCUAUGAGCAAGUGGUCACACAUGGUACGUUCGACAAUCGUAUCGCGAUGGUGCACAUGGACGGCACGUGGAGCUUCCCCAACGACUUCUCCGACGAAGCGAAGGCCGCAGCCCGUCACGUGGAGCUGCCGGAGGCGGUGCAGAUCCUCAAGGAUCUGUCUCCAGCCGCCGUGGUUCCUCACAUGUUCUGCCUCCCAGGCAUGACCACCUACCGUGCCCUCUUCGACGCCAUCGGCACCCCUCUGGUGGGCAACGACGCGGGGGUCAUGGCCCUGUCCACCAACAAGGCGCAGUCCCGCGCGGUCGUCGCCGCCGGUGGCGUGCGGGUGCCAGAGGGCGAGCUGCUGCGCAAGGGCGACAUGCCGAAGAUGGAGCCGCCUUUCGUGCUGAAGCCGUGCAACGAGGACAACUCCAUGGCGUCACGCUGUUCACGGGCAAGGACGGCCAGUCCCUGGACGAGGCGCUCGCCACCGCCUUCAGCUUCGACUCGGAGGUCCUGUGCGAGAAGUACGUCGAGCUCGGCCGCGAGGUGA